ACAAAGGGCAAUCGCUUGCCGCGUGCGCUCUUCGCCGUUUUUCCGCGGCAGCGCUCGUGUUAUACUUUUCCUAUGUUUUGCUAUCUCACCUGCUUCUAAUUUUACAACAAUGGAGGCGAUUAACCAGCUUUUACUGGAGUAUCCUGAACUAAUGUACACUGGGAUCGGAGUUACGGCGAUUGCCACCGGAGGAACGCUGCUCUACAGACUCGCCACCAGAAAGAAGCCGAUACAUGCAAACGUGAACUGCUGGUUCUGCAAUGAGAACACAGUGGUUCCUUAUGGUAACAGGAACUGCUGGGACUGUACCAACUGUGACCAGUACAAUGGCUUCCAGAGUAAUGGGGAUUACAACAAACCUAUUCCAGCUCAGCACAAUGAACAUCUGAACCAUGGAGUAUGUGGCAGUCUCCCCUCAUCUGUGACACCCCAGACACAGCAAUGGGUCAACUGUCAGAUGCUGCUCUGCAAGAAAUGCAAUAACAACCAGUCAGUAAAGAUCAGGCAACUGGCGUCAUUUAUCCCAAGGGACGAGGAGAACUAUGAUGAAGAAAUUGAGGCCUACAAGCAUCACCUUGAGCAGACCUAUAAGUUAUGCAGGCCUUGUCAGACAGCUGUGGAGUACUACAUCAAAUAUCAGAACCGACAACUUCGCACUGUGCUCCUAAAUCAUCAGCUGAGGCGCACUCGAGAUGCAGACAACGGGUUCAUAAAGAGCUCCUGUUCUGUGUCCUCUCCCCUCGGGGUCGUGAUGCUACGUGCCCUCACCUUCCUUAUUUGUGGGUUCCUCCUUGCUACAUCUUUCUACGCAUCCCCGGACCAGCUUACUUCACCUGCUGCACAGACACUAAGUGGUGGGAUCAUUCCUCCUAAGCCAAAAGCCUCUAACAAGUCCUCCUCCAUUAAUGAAACCAGCGGAGGUGUUCCCUUGUGGCAGAGUGUGAAGGAGCUUCUCCCGGACAAAGCCAUCGAAAGCGCCAGGCUCGUGUGGCAGCACGGACGAGACAACCAGCUAGCUGUGGUCUCUGUCGGCCUAGUGACUUGUCUUACUACUAUCUUCUUAGCUGGACCCGUGAGGUUGAGGAGAAUUGACGCCGCGGCCUCAGUCCUUUGGUUCCUCACUCUGCUCCUCUACUUGGCUGAAAGCUACGUGACUGGUACCUUAAGCUGGAUGGACACUGCAAAGCUCAGUAUCCUCUCCCUCUGUUGCCUUGUCAGCUUUGCUGCCGCUGUGGCAAUUCGAAAGCCCCUUGGUCCAAGAAGAGCCAGAUAUCGAAGAUACCUUUCAGGCAGCUCCUCGGCCCCCCUCACCAGCCACCCUCCUUUGUUCUGUAAUGGUCAGGCAGACUCCUUCGUCCCCAGCCCACCCCCAAACAUCUCCAUGCUCAUCAACCGACAGCAACAGACUCCCCGUGAGCGCAAGGCCUCCCCCUCCUCUCUGCCAGGCCGCCUCAGCAGAGCCCUCUGCCUCGGCACAAUCCGCUCCCUCACCAGGACAGAUUCUGGUUACCUGUUUAGUGGAAGCAGACCAACAUCAGCGUGCCAAGAUUCUCCGUCUUCAGAUUACUUUUCACUGAAGUCGGGUAGCCGCCCAUCAUCACCGGGCCCCUCUCCUACUCCUUCUGUAGCUGGAUCAGUCACAUCCACUUCAAGUUCUGCCAGACAAAGACGCCCUCUCAUCUGCCCUGCUCGCCUCAACAUCAGUGGGCAGAGUCUCCGGCUUUUCUCCACAGAGCCAGAACCCUCGCUGAUGUCUCCCCCUGUGUCUCCACCACCUGCUUCUCCAUCCUUCCAGAGACAAAAUGAUAUGACUUCAAUGUUAUGGGUUAGAACUGUGGUAGAAGAGCAGGUGAAGCAAGACAGCUCCCCGGAGUCGUCAGUAUGUGGGGUUGACACUACAACAGAGACGCCAGAGAGCACCACUAAUGAGAGAGGUUUCUUUAAACGUCUUAUCUGGCCGGGGCUUCUCUUGACGAGCCUGACUGCCAACCUGCUCUUUUUGGGCCAUUACACCUACAACAACUGGAGAUGAACUCUCUGUGGGUCUGCUGCGCUACUCCUGUGACUCAUGAAGGGUGAGUCGGCCUCUGGAUCUAGACAACCCUGUCAAUUCCGGAGGUCAUUCAGCAAUUGUACUUGAAACAAACGAUCUGGGAGUUGCUUUUUGUUUGCUUGGGCUUUGUGGAAAUACCGAUGUCAGCGGAAAGUUAUCAUGGAUUCAGUGAAUUUAAUAAUCAACAGCAAAGCUCAAUUUCAGCGAAGAAAUACUGCAGCAUUUUUUUAAAUCAUUAUUUAUUAUAGAGGUUCAAGAGCAUUUUGACUUUUGUGUUGUGGCCUUUUUUUGUUUUUUUCAUUGACAUUGACUGCUCUUGCUUCAACACAAAGGCAAGUGUAAUGGAUUUCAAAGGCUCAAGUUUUGCGCUGAUGCUUGAAAGCUUUUAAAAAUCAGUUUUGUGAAAUUUGCAAUCCAAGCCAACGCUGCUCCUCCUACACACAGGGUCACGUCAUAUUAUACUGAUUGUGAUGUGUGUGACUACUUCACACUAAAUCAUACUAUUGUUCAAUUUCUAAAGCCAAAAAGCUGUAAAAAAAAAAAAAAACAACAACAACAAAGCAGCAUUUUCUGUCUGUGCUGUUUUAUGAUACUUUGGAUUUUCUUUUUAUUUGUACAUAUUUUUUUCUGUACUGUUAUUAUUUUCAUAACACUGGCUUUAGUGUGUCCCCGAGGUUUGUUUGUUUGUAAGGGGUGAUAGCAUGGUCUCAUCGGCUCCCUUGUGGGGGAGAUUUUUUUUUUUUUUACAAUACAUUCAACAGGCAAAAUAAAUUCAGCACUGAAACAUAAAGAUGUGGAACAACAUUUAUUUUUGUUAGUAUUUAAAAUAGUGACUUCAGACAUGUUGUAUGUCUUUUUGGGGUCCUUCAACAAUUAAACUUAGAGGAUUUUAAUGUGUUACUUCAUACAGCAAAAAAAUGAUACCAUAACAUAUUAGAUCCUUCAGUUUACACAAUAUUUCGUCAUGUGGGGCCUUGCUUACAUUGACUGAUUGAUUACAUUCAUGUAACCAAGACAUGAGGGGACUGAAUAUUAAGGCAAUUAGAGGUGAUCUCUGCUUUCAGAGAAAAUCCCCGUUUCAUUCAGGAUGCUUGUGGCUGAGGUUUUUAAACACAAACUUGACCAAACUUAAAAUGAUCUGAACAUUUCACGGCCAGCUCAAAGUGAAAUGAGGAAACAAGGACUGCAUACAUGCCAUCAUUGUAUUAACAUUCAAACAUAAAUGAUUAAGUUUUCAAACAUGAGAUAUAAAAGAAAGCAUGAUUGUUCUUCUGAUGUGUGUGUAAAAAGGAAAUGUGAAAAAGAGAAGUGUGGUUAAUGGGAAGCUGUGUCUCCUUCUCUUUUCUCUCAACAAUGAGGGAGUGGGUCGUGCUCUUAUGAACCACUUUGGAUUGGGGGCACCGGUCCAAGGUGUUCAAAUCCAUUGCGACCCAGCAACACCUACUGGCCCCUGAAACACAAAGAACAAAACCAGCAAAACAAGCAACCAGCAGGGUUGUCACAAUGAUUUUGUGUUGCGUUGGAUUUUUUUCUGGCUCUCUGGCUGAGUUCACACUGCACACCGUAAUGCUCAAUAGAUCGUCAGUCAGUACUGUACAUUGACUUUUAACGAGAGUGAAAGUGGCCAACUGUGCUGUCUGUUAAUGAGUUGUCUCAACAUAAACAAUCUGUUUGUGGUUUGAUUAAGUGACCAGACCACAUAGAAAAGCAGAAGAUAGUGCUUCAAGUUCCGGCGUUUGUUUCGAGGAUUUGUCAGUCUAAUUACGAAAUCCUUUUACAUCUGUGAAACCGGACAGUGACUCAGCAGAAGCAGUGGCAGUCACGGUGGAUGAGAUCAAUGAAGUAAACAAGAAGCUACAAAGUUGUCUGUCUGACUGACUGAUAGUUGAGUCCCUGUCUUACUGUCCCAUCAACAGAUCCCUCUAUACCCCCCCUCCCCACAUUACCCCCUCCCAAAGAAGAGGCCGCAGGAAGUUUAUAUUAUUAUUACACACAAAGUAACAUAAUAUAUUUGACCUUACUGUACUUGUAUCUAUUUCACAUUAGAGUAUUUAAAUGUGUUGUGGUAUAAUUUUCAACAUUAUGAAGCGAAUGCACUGUAAAAGAACAAACACACUCACAUGUCAGAGACUGAAAUGACAGACAGCAACAGCCAUCACAACAAUGGAAAUAAUCAUGAAACAAUCAUGAAAAUCUAUGAAUUGUCAGCUUUUCUUUUUUUUUCACACUGUAAGUGGAUGCUACACUGUAGCAGCAUUUACCGUGAGCUGGGCUGCUGUUUACUGGCAGUCAUACUACAUACAUACUACUGCUGAACAUAAUAUGCAGAAUGGCAUACUACAUUUGAUAGUAUUAUGUAGUAUGCGCUUUUGAAAACAGCCACAGUGUUACUUUCAUUUCAUACAGAGAUUAAAUGAAAGGAAAACAAAAAUCUCAGUUUGGCUCUAACAUACAGUUAAUAUUUUUUAUAUUAUGGACAUGUUUUACACCUAAGUGAUACAUGUCAGUCAUACACUUAAAUAGUUGUAUUUCACUAGGCUUUUAAAUGUUCUGUUAAAGAUAAAUAUUGUUCACAGUAUAAAUUGUCAGGAAAGAGAUCCUAUGGUCGUGUGCAAUAUUUAAACAAAUGAAGAAACAUGAAACUUGUGUAAGCAUUAGGUUUCUGAGAAAACUUAAAUGUGCUACAGAAAAUGUCUGAAUAAGAGAACAGUCUGUUGGUAGUUUAAAAGCUGUCAUUAGACAUUGAAAACGAUUAUAAUUAUCCAUUUUUGAAAAGAAAUCAUUUUCAAUUUGCCUGGUGUUUGACUGACAAAGGCACAGAGAGUCAGAGGGAAGUUUUUCUCUGUACUGAGCUGUGACUAAUCUUACUGGAUUUUAAAGCUCAGAUCUUUAGACUUGUGCACUUUUUUCUGAAUUUUUUGGGGUGGGAGGGGUUUGUGCUUGCAUGUUCUGAUUGAAUGUUUGCUUUUGUAAUGGUUCUAUUAAAGAUGGAGAGCACAGUUGUUUUGUAUAUAUGUUGAAGAUUUCAGUUUAAAAAGGCUGAAUGUGCAUUUUGAUGUGUUAACGCUGUGUAAGCAGUUUACAGUUGGCUUGUUUUUAUUAAGUCAUGUUUUAAGACUUCUGGAUGUUUUGUUGUCUUUGUUGAAUGACCAUGCACUUGAAUUUUUGAGCAGAGUUAUUUUGUUGUCUUAGCAGUUAUUACUGGAUUAGCUCUUAUUCUCACACACUUAAUGCUAUCUUUAAAUUGUGGUGAUAUAAGAGAAAUGAUCUUUUUGACGUUUUUAUUUUGAGCCAAAAUAAAUGAACGAAUGAAAGUGAUUUUAAAAAAGGAGUUCCUGAGAAAAGUCAAACAUGCUACUGAAAUAAGCACAUAAAAGAUUUUCUGAUGUAUUUAAAACCCUGUUGAAGAUACAUACAGUAUGUUGAAUAGUGAGUUAACAGACUUUUUCUGCAUUUGUUCUUGAUAUGUUGAAUGUUGAUUUUGCUCAAGAAGUUACAUCAUUGUUAGAAUUUAAGUUUCCAUUCAGCCAUGAUAUGAGAUGAAGCUCAUUAUAUUUUCGUUUUAAGAUAAUAUGAUGUAUUUUAAGUUUUAUUUUCAGAAUAUUUUAAUUGUUCUUGGGUCCUCACAUCCACAUUGUUUCAAAUCAAGAAUGACAUGUUGUUACCCACUGUGUUCUGCAAUGAUUCUGUUUGUAUUGUAAGGAACAUUAUUUGCUUGUUUCAUCAGGUUGUACACCUUUUUCAAUAAAAUAUUUCCUUUCUUGAUUAA